GGUCGCCGCGCAGGCGCAACUAGAAACCAGCGGAUGCGGCGGUGCCAGCUAAGUCCGUUGACGGCCCCGGUUACUCCCGUUGAAAUGGUCAGCAGCUGCCAGCGGGUAAACGUCACGGCCGUUUGGUGCUGUCAGUGCGGAGGGACGGCGACGGUCUUUCGGCUGCUUUCCAAUCCGGGAAGUCGGUUCGUGUGUGUGUAAUCUCCUGGCCGCGCACCGGGUUCGGCGGGGAAGAUAUAGGCAGCUGCACUCACCCCUGGGUGCGCAGUGGAUUAGUACCUGGUGAAGUUGUGUGGAUCAGAAAAAAAAAAAGACCAAAGGCAAAAGGAGAGCAGAAAAGACUUUAAAAGAGACUUGAGAAAUUCUUUUGACUGUGCAUGGAAGCAAAGCUAAUGCGCAGGUGUAUCAGUGCUCGACCAGGAGAGAUAGGAAUGGAUGUCACUAGCCGAUGUACACUUGGUGACCCCAACAAAUUGCCCGAGGGAGUACCACAACCAGCCAGGAUGCCAUUCGUAUCGGAUAAACACCCUCGGCAGACUUUAGAAGUGAUCAACCUCCUGAGGAAGCACCGGGAACUUUGCGAUGUGGUGCUUGUUGUGGGCGCAAAAAAGAUCUAUGCACACCGAGUGAUCCUGUCGGCCUGUAGCCCUUACUUUCGAGCCAUGUUCACAGGUGAGCUUGCAGAAAGCCGGCAGACAGAGGUGGUGAUCCGCGACAUCGAUGAACGGGCCAUGGAGCUGCUUAUUGACUUUGCUUACACAUCUCAGAUAACGGUAGAGGAGGGGAACGUGCAGACCUUGCUGCCAGCUGCCUGCCUUCUGCAACUGGCUGAGAUUCAGGAGGCAUGCUGUGAGUUUUUGAAGAGGCAACUUGAUCCCUCCAACUGUCUGGGAAUCAGAGCUUUUGCUGACACCCACUCCUGCAGAGAACUUUUGCGGAUUGCUGACAAAUUCACUCAGCACAACUUUCAAGAGGUGAUGGAGAGUGAGGAGUUCAUGUUGUUACCAGCCAAUCAACUUAUUGAUAUAAUUUCCAGUGAUGAGUUGAAUGUGCGGAGUGAGGAGCAGGUUUUUAAUGCAGUCAUGGCAUGGGUCAAGUAUAGCAUUCAAGAGCGACGUCCGCAGCUUCCCCAGGUAUUGCAACAUGUUCGCCUGCCACUGCUCAGUCCCAAGUUUCUAGUGGGUACAGUUGGAUCUGACCCCCUCAUCAAGAGUGAUGAAGAGUGCAGAGACCUUGUUGAUGAAGCUAAAAAUUAUUUGCUUUUACCACAAGAACGACCCCUAAUGCAGGGUCCGAGGACAAGGCCUCGUAAGCCGAUUCGAUGCGGUGAGGUUUUAUUUGCAGUUGGAGGUUGGUGCAGUGGGGACGCAAUUUCAAGUGUUGAGCGCUAUGACCCUCAGACCAACGAGUGGCGAAUGGUAGCCUCCAUGAGCAAACGACGGUGUGGCGUUGGGGUCAGUGUGUUGGAUGAUCUCCUUUAUGCAGUGGGUGGACAUGACGGCUCGUCAUACCUAAACAGCGUGGAGAGAUAUGAUCCAAAGACCAACCAGUGGAGUAGCGACGUGGCUCCCACCAGUACAUGUCGGACCAGUGUUGGCGUGGCAGUGUUGGGAGGGUAUCUGUAUGCUGUAGGUGGCCAGGAUGGCGUCUCUUGUCUGAACAUUGUGGAAAGGUUUGAUCCAAAAGAGAAUAAGUGGGCGCGUGUGGCUUCAAUGAGUACCAGACGGCUAGGUGUGGCAGUUGCUGUAUUAGGUGGAUUUCUUUAUGCUGUUGGUGGAUCUGAUGGCACCUCUCCCCUUAAUACAGUUGAACGCUACAGUCCACAGGAAAACCGCUGGCACACUAUAGCGCCGAUGGGAACGCGACGGAAGCACCUGGGGUGUUCUGUUUACCAAGACAUGAUCUAUGCAGUUGGCGGGAGAGAUGACACCACAGAGUUGAGCAGUGCCGAGAGGUUUAAUCCUCGCACUAAUCAGUGGUCUCCAGUCGUGGCUAUGACAUCGCGCAGGAGUGGGGUCCACACAUCGGGACUUCCACAGGUUCUGACCCCCCCAUUUUGGUCGUCCGUCUGGUCUCUUACAGUCCGGAGACUAGAAGAUUUGGGCCAGUACGUUUUAGUGAUGAUGAUUGAUCGAAAAAUCUUGGCCAAUCGCUUUCAGGUUGGCCUUGCAGUUGUUAAUGGGCAGCUGAUGGCAGUGGGUGGCUUUGAUGGCACUACCUACUUAAAAACUAUUGAAGUUUAUGAUCCAGAUGCAAACACAUGGAGAUUAUAUGGAGGUAUGAACUAUCGCAGACUGGGCGGUGGAGUUGGUGUGAUCAAAAUGACGCACUGCGAAUCUCAUAUAUGGUAACUGGUAAACUCUGGAAUCUUUGCUGCUCUUGGAUGCUGUAAUUGUUUGGGAAAGAACAUUUUAAAAUUUGGUGGAAUCCGGCUGCUUAUCAGUCAAAAGAGGAGAGCUGUUCUCCAUUAACUAACCUGAAGAUGGCUCUGUGCAAUACAUGGUCUGUGGAAAAACUAGACUUCUAGGCAGGUCUGGUGAAUAGUUGUAAGGAUAUUAUAUAUUGGUGCCUAUAUAAGUUUUGUUUGUGGGGAAAGCUUUCUUAUCGAAACCCGUUGGCAGCGCCUUAUCGGUUAAACUGGAAGUGCGGAAGAGUUACACACUCUAACUUGAACAUCAGAGAUGGAAUCGACUUUUUAGGUUUCACCUUUUGAGGAAUUUAAAAACUGAAGUGAAAAGAAGCAUUGGUCUUCGGCGUGGUGGAAUACCCUUCAGAGCUGAGUGACCAGCACGUGUGUGGAAACCAUGUGCAAAUCUACAGUUGCUAUCAAACUGAACAAUUCAUAAUUCCACAUUUUACAGCUUAAAAAGGAAACUGUUUAUCGUGAACAUUAAGCUAGAGCAAAUGAAAACUCAUCAUUUGUUCCCCAUUGGAGAACUGUGUACUAAAAUCACACAUAGCUACUGCAAUGUACUUUUUUUCUGAUGUUGAUAAUCUAUGUGUUCAGUACAGUGAAUGUAGUUUUCUCUAUUCAGGAUAUAUAGCAGGAGAAAUACAGAGUCUUGUAUUCCCUGAAAUAUUACAGAACUGGAACCUUCUUUAAGGGCACUUUUCAUGAGAAAGUGUACAGCAAAUCUUUUUUCCCUCCAAUUACAGAUGCACAGUGUUAUGUACAUCAUGUCACUUGAGCAUGAAGCUGUUGUGACUAAAUAUGGUGCAUGGCUCUUUCUGCUAGAAGCCAAAAAAGAAAUGUUUGGAAAAUACUUUCUCAUGAUAAGCAUGCCCCUCUCAAGGUCAAUUUUGACUUGACUGAAGAAAAGUUGAUCUUGAGCUGUAUUUUCUCUUACCAGGUUUCUCUUGGUUCUUCGCUUAAAAUGAAAAUAAAAAAAUAAUUGGUCCAUAUCCUCCUUGCUGCCAGUUGAUGUGAAGUUAAUUUUGUAACUUGAUUGGUACAAAGCAUUUUCAAAGCUUUUGACUAAAGUUCAGUAGUAACAUGAGAAUUUUUUAAACAAUCAAUUGCUUGCCUUUGUGACUGUGAUGGAUGGUAACAGUUCACUUAAGGCUUGAGCUUAACGACCUUUGUUGCAGACUCCAUAUUUCAAAUAGAAGGUUACCUCCAGCUGAAUAGAGGAUACAUCUGGGUAUUAUUUUAAUUGAUGAAGACCCUAUUGAGUGACUAUUAUGGUAAGGGAAGAAUGCCAGUUUUGACAUUUGACCAUUGAAUUGACCUUAGCUGUGGUAUUUUACUUUGCAGUGAUAGGAACAUUGAUAAUGGGCAGGGCAUUAUUUAAGUUUGUGAAGAUGCACAUAUCUUCAGUGGUUUAGGUGGCCUUAGAUGUUUCAUUUAUUCAGCAUCUAUGAGCGUAGAAUUCUUGCAGAGGUUCACAGAUCUCCUCUCCUAACUUCAGUGGGUGCAGCAGAGGUUAGAGUAGAACGUAAUAUCUGCUUUAGAUUCCCAUUUUUGUUUUGCUGCCCUGCUCCAAUUAGAAAGAGUGGAGCUCCACACCCAGUAUAAAUGCAGAUAUAAUUGAUAAUUGCAUUUAUUGCAUUGAGAAGUUCUCAAAGUGCUUUAUACAAUUGAAUACUUUUUGAAGAGCAGUGACUAUUAUAUAGACAAUUCUGUACCUUAGGAAUGGGCUGAUCGAGUUUGAUAUUUUUCCCCUCUCUUGAUGGUGUUAAGUGAAGAAUAUUGCUGAAUGGUUUGCAUGAAGUCUGUUAUGUGGAAUAGGUUUGCAGAUUUACCCAUCUGAAGAUGGAAUGUCAUUCUACCACUGCAAAGUACUCAAUUGCAUUCUCCUCUUGGAGGGUACUUAUAAUUCCAAUGAUGUAGGCUAGAAUUUAACUAUUUGGAGUUGCAUUGUUCUACACCAGUCAAUACAUUUUUAACUAUAUAACAUCUCAUUUAUAACACUGAAUAAUUAUAGAAUAAAUUUGUAGGUGUUUUGUGUAGAACACCCACAUGUCCACAUUUAAUGUUUCCCAUUGGUUGCAAAUCCCCUCAGUAUUUAUUCAUUUGUUUAAUAAUUACUGUAUCUUUUUUCUGUGAAAAAUGAGCACUCUGAUAAAUUAUCCAAAUGUCAGUAAAAGCCUUUGUGUUUAGGUGUUUGGUUUUGAUUUUAAAUAACCAAUAUUAUAUCCCUUUUAUUGUAUAUGAUAAAAAUAGUUUAACGAA